CAUAAACUCGCAGUCAUAGCAUUAAGGUCAGUCGAUGCAGUUCGCAAAAUCAAAAUGAUUUUCAUAUACUUGGUGAUUGCAAUAUCCGCACUUAUUGCGUAUUACAUAUACAACAAUACGUAUUAUUGGCGUAAUCGAGGAAUUCCUCAGGAUCUGCCACAUCCAUUCUAUGGCAACAUGGUUGGCUUCCGCAAGAAUCGCAUUGUGCACGAUAUGCUCGAGGAAUAUUAUAACAAAUACCGAAAGGCCGGUCAUCCCUUUGUGGGAUUCGGCUUUCUGUUUAAGAAAGGUGCCCUCAUAAUGGACAUUAAACUAGCCAAGAAUGUGCUAAUCAAGGAUUUCAGCAACUUUACUGAUCGCGGACAGUUCCACAAUCCGAGAGACGAUCCCUUGUCUGGUCAUCUUUUCAACUUGGACGGCAAGCGUUGGAGACAAAUGAGACAGAGACUCUCACCCACUUUUACUUCCGGUAAAAUGAAAUUCAUGUUCCCUACAGUCAUCAAAGUGUCUGAGGAAUUUGUUAAGGUGAUGUUUGAAGAAGUCCCAGCCAAAUCUGGAGGUGCUAUUAUCGAGAUCAAAGAACUGAUGGCUCGCUUCACCACUGACGUCAUUGGCACAUGUGCCUUUGGCAUUGAGUGCAACACUCUUCGCACUCCUGAUACUGAUUUCCGUAAAAUGGGAAGCAAGGUGUUCACCGACCUCCGUCAUGGUUCCUUACUUACAGCUUUCGAAUUCAGUUUCCCCGAACUGGCUGAGAAGCUGAGAAUGAGAAUAGUACCCGAUGAUAUUCAUGAGUUCUUUAUGGGCUUGGUAAACGAAACAAUCGCCUAUAGGGAAAAAGAAAAUAUCAAGCGCAACGAUUUCAUGGAGAUGUUGAUUGAACUCAAGAAUAAAGGAAGUUACACACUAGAAGAUGGCGAAGUGGUCAAGGGAUUAGACAUUGGAGAGCUCGCUGCGCAAGUGUUUGUGUUUUAUGUGGCUGGUUUUGAGACAUCUUCUUCCACAAUGAGUUAUGCUUUAUACGAACUGUCUCAGCACACCGAUAUACAGGAUAAGCUGAGGGAACACAUUAAUAGUGUAUUGCAGCAAUUCGAGGGAAAACUUACUUAUGAAAGUAUCAAAGCCAUGCGUUACUUGAAUCAAGUCAUAUCAGAAACUCUUCGUCUCUAUACCAUCGUGCCUUUCUUGCAGCGGAAAGCUCAGAACGAAUAUGUUGUUCCGGAUCAUCCCAGCUAUGUUAUACCAAAGGGAACGACUGUAUUUAUACCUGCAGCUGCCUAUCACCGGGAUGAAGAUCUCUAUCCCGACCCAAUGAAAUUCGAUCCUGAACGCUUCUCAGCCGAACAAGUUGCUAACCGAGACUCUGUGGAGUGGUUGCCCUUUGGCGAUGGUCCAAGGAACUGUGUGGGAAUGCGUUUUGGGCAAAUGCAGACACGUAUUGGCCUGGCUCAGCUGAUAAAGAACUUCAAGUUCUCGGUGUGCGAUAAGACUGACAUUCCACUUAUCUAUAAUACCAAAUCGGUUGUAUUGGGCACAGUGGGUGGCAUCUUUGUGCGGAUCGAGCGAAUUUGAACUGCAAUCGCGAAAUAGAAAAAUAAAUGUGUUGGAAAAAUGAUGUGUGAUUUUUAGUUAUACAUUAAUUAGGUAUUACGAGAGCAUGAAAUAUG